ACCGCUACUCUAGACUUGAAUUUCAGCCCGUUAGGUCGAACGAAACACAGAGCAAAAAAAAACACAAGAAGACACACACACACAUCGCAUCGAUAUUUUUCCGUUGAAAAGAAAAGCGAAAGGAAACAAGUGAAAAGCCAACCGAAAGCUGCGUUUCUUAGCCAAUUACCUGUUAGCCACAAUCAUGAAGUUCCAAUACAAGGAGGAGCACGCCUUCGAGAAGCGUCGCGCCGAGGGCGACAAGAUCCGUCGCAAAUAUCCAGACCGUGUGCCCGUGAUUGUCGAGAAGGCUCCCAAGGCGCGCAUCGGUGAUUUGGACAAGAAGAAGUACCUGGUGCCUUCCGACCUGACCGUCGGUCAGUUCUACUUCCUCAUUCGCAAGCGCAUCCACCUGCGUCCCGAGGAUGCCCUCUUCUUCUUCGUGAACAACGUCAUUCCACCAACAUCGGCAACCAUGGGCUCCCUGUACCAGGAACACCACGAGGAGGACUACUUCCUGUACAUUGCCUACUCCGAUGAGAACGUCUACGGCAUGGCCAGGGUCAACUAACUCUGCUACGGAUUGCGGCGGAAAACUACCCCCUAUACAGAAAUCUAUAUAUAAAUAAAAUAUAUUUUGUGUUUAGCAUGCAAGCUUAAAAUAUGGACGCGAGUUAGCUAAACGAAUUGAGGAAAACCGCAGGAAAUGCCACACGAAAAAGAAAGAACUUGAAAAUGAUCUGAACCAGGGCAACAAAAAAAAUCCACAAAAAACAGAAAGAAAACUACAAAAACAAUUGUUAUGUGAACAUUAUUUUAUAUAUAUACAUUUUCUAAACGCGUUAGUAUUUGAAUUAAAAUCUGCUUUGUCCUACCAUUAACCCCCCCGAAAACAGAUCUAUUCACACCCUCUACGGCCCAUCUAAUUUCCAUUGCUGUACUUGAUCCGUGCGAUUGCACUUGUACUUUAUUUGUUCGCUUAUUUCAAUGAUUUCACCCUUUUUUUUACAAUGCAACAGAAUGUUGUGCAUAUUUAGUGUGUAUGGUUACGAAUAGGACUCUCUCGGUUAAGUGUACGGUAAUUAAUCUAUUAUUAAAUAAACAAAAACACAAAAA